CAGCAGGGGGCGGAGACUGAGUGACAGCAGCAGCAGCAGGCACAUAAGGGUGCAGUUGUGCAACAUGGUGGAUCCUUCUUCUCUGCCCUGAUACCCCACUUUUCCCUCCUGCAGCCCUGGGGAGCAGCCUGAGUCUGAGUGAGGAGCCUAAGGGAAUGGCUGGCAGCCAUGGUUCUAUAGUGUGCGCUCCCUGACAAUGACAUUGCUGCCCGAGAGAAAGUCCUUGUGGAACUGAGCGUGUAGUUCAUGGGACCUGGCAGGUGUUACAGGAGGACAUUACAACAAAAUUGGGCCCUAUUGGAUACUUUCGUUUGUAGUUAGUGCCAAGCUGACCCCAUCAUGCCGACAAAUCCAGUCAUCCAAGCUGCUAUUGACCUGACUGCAGGGGCUGCCGGUGGGACGGCAUGCGUGUUAACGGGUCAGCCCUUUGACACAGCCAAGGUGAAAAUGCAGACUUUCCCCACCAUGUACAGGGGGCUCAUGGACUGUGCUGUGAAGACUUACAGACAAAUGGGCCUCAGGGGGUUCUACAGAGGAACCAGCCCAGCGCUUCUGGCAAAUAUAGCUGAGAAUUCAGUACUUUUCAUGAGCUACGGCUUUUGCCAGAAAGUUGUUCGGCAAAUAGUUGGCUUGGACAAGAACGCAGAAUUAAGUGAUGUGCAGAAUGCAGCUUCUGGCUCAGUGGCGUCUAUUUUCGCUGCCCUCGUCCUUUGUCCCACAGAGCUAGUGAAGUGCCGCCUGCAAGCCAUGCAUGAGCUGCAAGUAUCUGGCAAGAUCCUACAAGGGCAGAAUACAGUGUGGUCUGUGGUGAAAGGGAUUGUGCAGCGUGAGGGUCCCUUGGCUUUCUAUAAUGGCCUGACAAGCACUAUAUGCAGAGAGAUGCCUGGCUAUUUCCUAUUCUUUGGGGGGUAUGAGGCCAGCAGAUCCUUCUUUGCUUCUGGUGGAAAAUCAAAGGAUGAACUAGGUCCAAUGGCUCUGAUAGUGAGCGGGGGUUUCGGAGGAAUUGCCCUGUGGCUGGCAGUGUACCCCAUAGACUGUGUCAAAUCCAGGAUCCAGGUGCUCUCCAUUUCUGGGAAACAAGCUGGAUUCAUGAAAACCUUUUUGCAUAUUGUGAAAAAUGAAGGAGUAUUGGCGUUAUAUUCUGGCCUGAAACCAACUCUAAUUCGUGCAUUUCCAGCCAAUGGUGCUCUCUUUCUUGCCUAUGAAUACAGCAGGAGGCUCAUGAUGAACCAACUGGAUUGCUGUUGACAUUCCCUCCCUUUUAUAUGUUUCUCAGGAUUGCACACAGAACAAUGGUUUUUAUGUCAUUUCACAAGCAGUAUAUCAGAAAGGACCUGUUUGUCCUAAGUUAAAGAAAGAGAAUAUUUUUAAAAGAAUGCGUGGUUCGUCUGUUUUAAUAAUGAUUUCUCGCCAUGUUUGUGUUAUUGUGAGACAAGGUGUGUGCGUACUCCAUGGAUUCAGACAUACAGUCAAAUAUCCAGAAGCUUGAAUGGCUGAGAUCACUACAGAAGAUAUAAACAAAGGAGGGCAGCCAGGGGCCCACAAGCUGUCUUUUAGAUACAAGCUUUGCCUUAUCUAAUCAUUGUGCCUAAGCUUUAAAAGAAGAGAGGCAAGAGGUUUCCUACAGCCUGUGACUGACAUGAUAUAAUGAGUGAUAUGAGAGAUCAUAAACUCAAGAUAUAUACAAUGUGUCCAAUGUAUUCUCAUACAGAUAUUGCUCCAGAGUGUCCAUGCAAAGGAAGUUGGCUUCAGAAUGUUAAAGGGCUAUACAGCAUAUCAGCAUCUUCUGCCCUUCCAAGUGAAUUCACAACAAAAGUGAUCAGCUACCAGGCCUACCAGAGACCCAGAGAACGUCCCUUUGUGCCAGAAUCUGGGACAAUACUUUCAGCACUUUGUUAUUUCCACCAUAAGCCUAUAUAACCUCUAUAUCAUGGGGAACUGUCCCUAUCUAGUUAAUUAAUCUAAUAUUGUGAGAGUGGGCCCUUUACAGGUUCUGUAGAAGGCCCAAUCCGACACCGAGCCCACACAAAGAAUUGUACCAUACUUGGUACUUGCCUAUUACACAGCCCAGUUUUUAAAGUCUGCUAAGAAUAGUUUACUUUGUGAUAACAAUCUUCAGAUAGAUUAAUCUUAGCUCUGGUUUUUACCAUUUUAUGAUUAAAAGGGUGUAAUGAUAUAGGAAACAUGAGGGAUAAGUGUGGGAUAUUUUAAUUGGGUUAUAGUCUGUUGUACACAACUUGCCCUUUAACCCUUGUUGUCCUGAUAUAUUGAACAUAAUUGUUUCUCUAUUGUAAGAUAUCAGUGUUAUAUAUUAGUAGAAAAAUGCCAUAUGCCACUUUGAUAUGGUCACCAAGCACUACAUUCGAGGGUGCUUUCAGGAACUAAAGGGGUUUGCUGGGACCCUAAGAAAAACGAGUAGCACAACUUUUUAACAAUGACUUUGUUAGUAAGGGGAAAGAGUUGGAUAGUAAUGGCAAACGAAUAGUAAGGGGAAACAGUUGGAUAGUAAGAGGAAAUAGUUGGUUAGUAAGGGGAAACAGUUGGUUAAUAAGGGAAAACAGUUGGUUAGUAAGGGGAAAUAGUUGGUUAGUAAGGGGAACAGUUGGAUAGUAAAGGUAAACAGUUGGUUAGUAAGGGGAAAUAGUUGGUUAGUAAGGGGAACAGUUGGAUAGUAAAGGUAAACAGUUGGUUAGUAAGGUAAACAGUUGAUUAGUAAGGGGAAAUAGUUGGUUAGUAAGGGGAAACAGUUGGUUAGUAAGGGGAACAGUUGGAUAGUAAAGGUAAACAGUUGGUUAGUAAGGUAAACAGUUGAUUAGUAAGGGGAAAUAGUUGGUUAGUAAGGGGAAACAGUUGGAUAGUAAAGGUAAACAGCUGGUUAGUAUAGGGAAACAGUUGAUUAGUAAGGGGAAACAGUUGAUUAGUAAGGGGAAACAGUUGAGCAGUUUUCCCUGUGCAAUCAGCAAGGCUGCCUUGUCUUCAAGCACACAUUGAAUAUGGUAUUAGAAAUUUCAUAAAAUUUUAUUUUAGAAA